GAUAACCAUAGGACGUCUAUGGAGAUAAAUUUACUGUUUAGACGUAACGUCACAAUAUAUCACUUGGAUUUAUAUUCUGUGCGUUGACUUUUAAUGAUACGACACUAAGAUAAAAAAAACAACUAAAAAGUUAUAAUUAUUGAGGUUGUGUUAAAUGUGUUAUCCAGUUCUCGACAGUUCUCAUAUCUUUGUUUAUAAUUCUAGUUAAGGCCCUAAUGGUUUAGACAGUUGAGAGUAGUUUAGACGUUACGUAAGGUGAUUAUUAGGUAUUCACAUUCCAUUCAAAUAUAAUAUGGAAUCUAGCACUCAAGUUGAAGAAAAUGAUGCAAAUCAUUGGAAUAAUCUUCUAUUGGAUGUACAAAAUAAGAGUCGAAAAAAAUUGCCAGAAAACAAAAAUGUGUUGUUACUGGGUGAUAGCAAAUCAGGCAAAACAACAUUAGUCACUAAGUUGCAAGGUCUAAAAGAUUCAAAACAAGGAUGGGGUAUGGAGUAUGGAUACAUACAGGUCCGCGAUGACAGUACAGAUGAAAACGCCCAAUUAAAUGUUUGGACAUUAGAUGGCGAUCGUUCUCUAAAAUAUUUAAUGAAGUUUGCAUUAAAUGAACAACAUUUUGAGGACACAACAAUUGUUUUGGUUGCGUCAUUAAAGCAUCCGUGGAAAAUUAUGGAAUCUUUAGAAUUCUGGUCAGCAAGACUUCAAGAUCAUAUAGAUAGUUUAAAUUUAAGCAUGGAGAAAACACAAAAUCUCAGAGAUAAAUGUGUUGAUAGAAUCAUUGAUUACACACUGCUUGAUGAUCCGUCAUAUGAAUCCAGCACAAAAGUUCGACUUCUCAAUGAUGGAGUUCUAACAAAAAAUCUUGGAUUGGAUAUAAUUGUUGUUAUAACUAUGACUGAUUGCAUCAAAAACUUAGAAAUCGAUAACUAUUCAGAAGAACAUUUCGAUUACAUUCAAUGUUGUUUGCGAAAAUUUUGUUUACAAUUUGGAGCUGCAUUGUUCUAUGUAUCUGUAAUGGAAGAUAAAAACUGUGAUCUUCUUUAUAAAUAUUUAAUGCAUAGAAUUUAUCGUUUUCCAUUUAAAACACCAGCAUUAAUCGUAGAAAAGGAUUCUGUGUUUGUUCCUUCGGGCUGGGAUAGUUUGAAAAAAAUUGAGGUGCUUUAUGAAAAUAUGCAAAAAAUCAAUCCUGAAUCGCAUUAUAGUGAUGCUAUACCAUAUCCAUAUGAAAAACCACACAAAGAACAUGAACUCCAAGAUGAAGAGGAACAAGCAUUUCUGGCCCGACAACUUGUGCUGUUAAACCAAAAUGUAACUCAACCACAGACACCCGUUGUCAGGAAAUCCAUAGAACUUACAAAACCAUUAUCAGCAAAUAAACGCAUUUCAGAUAAUCCUCCUCCUAGUAGUGAAAGAGCCUUGGCUAGCUUUUUCAAUGCACUUUUGCAAAAGAAGCAAGAAUCCCCAACAGUUAGAACUCCUUCUAAAAAACCAGUUGAUARUACAGGAUCUCCAGAAUUAAGUCAAAUUGAUGAUGAUCCUAGUACUCCAAAAUAAAUUAUUAUUAUUAAUAUACGUGCCAAAUAUUUUAAAUAACUGUAACAUUAACAUAACACAACAUAUUAAUACACAUUUCAUUACUUAUUUCCCAUYAUUUUUUUUAGUUGAUUUUAAUUAGGAUCCUAUAUUAACUCUAUAUUU